AUGGCCUCCCAGGAGGAAUACCUCCUUAAUCGCGAGCGGCAUGUCAAGUACUGGAAGCGUUGUUCGCAAAUCCUGCCCGAACCUUACACAUCGGGUGAUGCCAAUCGAAUGAGCUUCGGCUUCUUUAUCGUGGCUGCGCUGGAUCUGCUGGGAGCCCUCGACACCGUCAUCACGUCCUCCGAAAAGCAAGGCUGGAUCGAGUGGAUUUACACCUGUCAAGUCUCUGACACGGGCGGCUUCCGAGGCUUCACGGGGACCAUGCUGGGGGGCCAGAGGAGCUACCACAAUUGGCAUUGGGACCCUGCCAAUCUGCCCAACACCUACUUUGCACUGGCCACCUUGGUGAUGCUGGGAGACGACCUUGCCCGGGUGAAGAGGAAAGAGUGCCUUGGCUGGGUAACUGGUCUGCAAAGACCUAAUGGCAGCUUUGGGGAGUUCCUUGGAGAGGAUGAUCAGGUCGAAGGCGCAGAUGACCCCAGACACUGCAUGUGCGCUGUGGGCAUUAUCAGAAUUCUACAGGGAUACGGGGAGCAUGCAAAAAGGUCAAGUUUCGACGAAGCAGGCUUGCAGAGAUAUAUUGCCAGUUGUCAGUCCCACGAAGGUGGGAUCGGUCAAGCUCCUCUCCUCGAGGCUCAUUCCGGGCUGAAUUACUGCGGCGUCGCGACACUCUCAUUUCUCGCGCUGCUUCAGAAUCCCGCAGUGUCCGUGCAGGAGAUGGCGGAACGAGCGAAUGUCGACACGUCCAUCUGUACAAGAUGGAUGCUGGAUCGACAAACAACUUGGAUAGAAGAAGACGACGACGGUGAAGACGAGGACGAAGACCAUCAGCCUGGAGAUGGCGUCGAGACUGGAAACCACCACGAAGCUCAACCGUCUUUCUUCGACGUGUCCGGUAUGCACAGCAGCUUGGCCACCGACAAAGUAGUUGCUGGAUUUUGCGGCCGCUGUGGGAAGAUUGCAGACACGUGCUAUUGCUUUUGGAAUGUGGGAGCUCUUGCAAUCCUACAACAGCAUCAUCUCGUCGACGUCGACUCGUUGAGGAGAUAUCUUCUGGGGAAGGUCACCCACGUUAUCGGAGGAUUUGGGAAAGCCCCUGGCGAACUUCCGGAUCUCCUACACUCAUAUCUUGGACUCGCAACACUGGCCAUAUACAACGAGCCCGGGCUGAAGGAGCUGGACCCGACCUUUUGUAUCAGCAAAGACGCCGUACAGAGAUUGACGAAGGUGGCACGGUGGCAAAGCUAG